GCGGAUGAAUGAGUGCAGAGCGCGCGCUCUCGGCGCCAAAGAGAAACUUUCUUCCGCUUUUCAUCGGUGUUUAUUGAUUAGUUCCAUUGAUGUUCUUCAGAAUUGUUCUUUCUUUAGUUUUCAUCGGUGUUUUAAGUCGCGAUCCCGAAGGUUAUUUUAGUUUCACGCUGAAAAACUGAGUCUUUAUCGCGCGAUUCCUGCAGGAAGAGAAGAAAGAGUUUAAAGAUGGCAGAUGAUUCUGAUCAGAGAUCAGUGUUGAUGGAGAUCCCAGAACCACAGGCCAAAAUCACAGGACGUCUGAGAAGAUCCUACAUGGAUGUCCUGUCCGGCAGCGCGAGACACGGGACGCAUGGCUGCCGAGUGAGACGUGGACACGCGUGUGCAUGUGUGUGUCGUGACGUCAGUGGUCACAAACGCUCCUCUGUCUCUGAGGUGGACGCAGGUUCAGGGAGACACCGGACCCGAGGCGGUUUGGACGCGUGCGAGACGUCCGUCUCCAGACAGCUGCUCAGUAAUCUUCUGCUGGCCGAGCAGUCUGUUCAGAUGGCGUCCGGCUCCUUCACAUCUGACCUCAGGCUCUUACUGGAGGAUCUGCAUCUGAAGAAGACCAGCGUCUACAGAUCCAUCCCGUACUCCCGCCUUGCCUCCAACCGAGACGCACACUGCUACAGGAAAGCCCGGCCACACCUGAUGGCCUUCAGGCGCUCGUGUCAGGACGGAGGCCGGCUGCUCCUGCAGAAAGCGCAGUGGGAGAAGCUGCUGGAGUUCGUUCAGGUGGCGUGUCGCUACGCUAGUGAACUCCCGCAGUGGGAGACCAGCACCCAUAAUGCACUGCGAGAGCACUGCUACAACACGCUAGCGGCGUUCUGUACUGCAGCGCUGCAGAAACACAGACCCGCUGCGCGCAGAGCUCGAGAACUGCUGCGCAGGUUCAAAAUGGCUCCGGUGUCGAGGCGAGCGAUAGGCCCGUGUUUAGAAGAGCUGGAGAAGAUCCUUCAGGAAUAUCAGCGCGGAGAAUCACAAACACAGAUCCACCCGUGAGUGCUGCGUUCAGACAGUGAGCUGCUGAUGAGUGACAUCACUGAGAUCUCACUGUGAGCAUCAGAGCAAAAGACACACCCAUCAGGGCGUGAGACCCGCCCAUCAGAGCAAAAGACCCGCCCAUCAGGGUGUGAGACCUGCCCAUUAGGGCAUGAGACCCGCCCAUCAGAGCAUGUGAUUCGCCCAUCAGAGCAAAAGACUCGCUCAUCAGAGCAUGUGAUUCGCCCAUCAGAGCAAAAGACCCGCUCAUCAGAGCAUGUGAUUCGCCCAUCAGAGCAAAAGACUCGCUCAUCAGAGCAUGUGAUUCGCCCAUCAGAGCAUGUGAUUCGCUCAUCAGAGCAUAAAAGACUCGCUCAUCAGAGCAUGUGAUUCGCCCAUCAGAGCAAAAAGACUCGCUCAUCAGAGCAUGUGAUUCGCCCAUCAG